AUGACUGUGCAAAGGGAGCGAAGCACGCUGGCAGCUGCUUGUGAUGGCAAUGGACAGCAGCCACUGGACUUGGAUGAGGAGCUUGGACACCAGGUGGUGAAGGUCAUCCCAGAGGUGAGUUGGAGCAUGGGGCCUUCACAGCACUACACCACCCUGGCGUUCCCUGUGCCCUACAUCAAGACCCAGCUGCAGAGCAGACAGAGGUAACCUGGACCUGAGAGACCAGGCCUUUGACGCCCUCCUUACAGACCCCUUUGAGCCUGUUGGGGUCAUCGUUGGAGAGUAUCUCUCCCUCCCCUCCAUCUUCAUCCAAAAUGGCCUCCCAUGUGAUGUAGACUUUGUGGACAGCCAGUGCCCAUUCCUCACCAUUGCCUCAGACUUCCUACAGAGGGAGAUGACUGUUCCACAGAUAAUGAGCAAGGCAGUGAUUUGGCUCAUGCGCUCUGAUUUCACCACUGAGGUACCCAGACCACUGAUGCCCAAUAUGGUCAUGAUUGGAGGAAUGAAUUGUGAGGAGCCUAAGCCACUACCAUUGGAACUGGAGGAGUUUGUGAAUUAUUCUGGAGAGGAUGGCAUCAAUGUCUCUACUCUGGGCUCCCUGGUGUCGCAGGAUGCCAGCUGAGAAAGCCAAACAGUUCCCUGAUGCUUUCCGGUAGGUUCCUCAACGGGUUGUGUGGAGAUACACUGAAACUGUGCAUGAAAACUCUCCAGAGAAUGUCAAGGUGAUGAGCUGGCUCCCCCAGAACAAUCUGUUGGGCCAUCCCAGCGUCAAGGCCUUCAACACAUAUUGCGGGAUACAUGGGAUCUACCAGGGGAUCUGCAACAGUGUACCCAUGCUGAUGCUGCCCCUGUUUGCUGACCAGGUUGACAACGUGCAGUGCAUGGCAGCAGGAGGCGUGGGAAAAGACCUCAGUAUUAAUGAUGUGACCUUAGACAAAGUGCUGGAGGCCCUCAACAAGGUAAUCAAAUAUAAAAUGUACAAAGGGAAGAUGAUUAAGCUUUCGGCUGUACGUAAGGACCAUCCUGUUGAACCCCUUGACCUGGCAGUCUUCUAGACUGAGUUUGUCAUGAGGCACAAAGGAGAAGGUAUCUGCAAAAUCACGUCGUUGUCAGAUUUACCGAAAGGAGGACGGAACACAGCCUUAUACCUGUGUCUAAAAGACGUGGAGCAGUGGUCAAGCGUGCAAUUUACACGAGUGGGACAGUCAAUGUGUUGGUAAUAAUUCGGGAGGACGGACCUCAAAUUACCUUUAUCGUUUUCAAGAUAUAGGAUUUUCAUAAGCAAAGUGUCAUGGUGAUAUGGCAAGUUACACUUUGCUUCUUGAAAGUCCAAUAUCUGCAAAACGUGACUGCUGACAUGCAAAACAUUUUGGGACUAUAUCAACAGUGGUCUAAUGAUAAAAAAUACCAAAAGAUAGUUUUUGCGUGGAGUUUUCCUUUAACGUUGAUUUAGGCUAUAUGUUUUAGUAGGCAUACAGACAAUAUCAUUGCGAUAAAAUCUAUUGCAAUAUCUUCAUCUGAGGCCAGCGGCCCAUGAGUUGAACUGGAUUCAGUGCCACUUCCUGGAUGUCUUCACCCUGCUCAUCAUCUUAGUUAUAACUGUUGUCAUGGUGACGGUUAAACGCUGCAGAUUCUGUUUCCACCAGUGUUGCAUGAAUAGGACAUUGAAGUAGAAGAAUUAGUAAAUAUGUAGCCUACUAGGGUUUUCUGAAGAAUGAGUAAAUGUACUGUAGCCUACUAGGAUUUUCUGAAGAAGAAGAAGAAGAAGAAGAAGAAGAAGAAGAAGAAGAAGAAGAAGAAGAAGAAGAAGAAGAAGAAGAAGAAUUAG